AUUAAAUACCGUGUGUGCAUGCACUUCCUUGCUGAGAUAGAAUAUGUAAAUGACGUGCAAUUCCACAGUAAACCAGUAUGUGGCGACCUAAAUCCACAUGUAAUGUUUGCGCUUUCAACAGCGAGCGCCAGAGAGGAAGCAGUUUUUUUAACUACUUAUUAGUCUACGUUAGGACAAGAAAAUGCACUCAGCCAAAAAUACAGUGAAAAAAAAAGAUACUGAUAGUGAAUGAAUGCUGAUGGUUUAAAACUAAAAAAGGAAAGAGUAUAUCGAAAACAAGCAGCCGCGGAAGUGACGUUACUGACAGCUGUCCAAUCAGAGUCCUAGCUACGAAUACGCGGAAUCGUAUUUAAUAUAAAUGCACACACAAUGCCGAGUCUUCCUCAAAAUAACCUAAAGGAGCAACUGGAACGACACAGUAAUGCUGCACAGAACAAGUUGUCACUGCUGAAACCAAAGCAUGGGGGGUUUUGUUUCAAAAAGAAGUCUUCAUCCAGCAUCUCCAAAGUGGAAGCUCCUCAAAAGGUAACUGGUGCAAAUGUCUUAGCAAACAGGAGUGUCAAUGUUCCCCGCAGCUGUGAAGUAACCAAAACUCCUGUGACGUUUUCGCAAAAGCCUGAGAGAGCAGCACCGAAAGUCAACUUCUUUGCAGCACCCAGCAGACCAAAGACCAAUACUGUUAAUCCAUUAGCCAACCCAUUUGCAGUGAUCAAAACACCUCCUGUCCAAUCUACCAUUAAGGAUUUGCUUAAACCUGCAGCCCUACCUAAGGAUCAGAAUGUGGGUGAACUUAAGCAUGACAUCUCUCAACUCUCCUUCAAUGAAUGGGAUGACUUGGAUGAUUUUGAAACCCCAGUCAAGACAAGAGUAGUGUCCCCAGUAACAGGGACUUCUACAAAAAAGCUUAGUGUUUCGGACCAGAACACCCCCCAAAAUUCCUCUUGUGCUAAGAGUGAUGAGACUGCAUUAAAUGGAGGUUUACAGGUUACAGAAACCUUAACUGCCCCAAAGGACGUCCUGUCAGCUGCUAAUAGAGUCAGCACAGAGCCUGCUGAGAGAGAGCCAGAGGAUUCACCUAUUAAAAAGACCAAAAGACAUAGGAAAUCAGUCCAGCAAAAAGCACUACUGAGUGACACUGAAGAUGAGGAGAUCAUCGACUGUACUUCACCAGCUGCUGAAAAAAAACAGUGGGCUGAGACAAACACCAUAGACAUUGAGGAGACUGAGACAGACAACUUUUAUGAAGAUUAUCAGGAUUUCAUCCCCCCAUCCCCUGUUCCUGAGGAGACGUGUCCCUUUGACUCCAAAAAGGAGAAAAGUUUACCUGACCCUGUUACCCAUGCUGACAAAAAUGUUCCACCUCAUGAGUCCGCCUCAAGCCUGUCGGCACCCUUGAAUGAACCUACCAAAGAUUUAAAAGGACCUGAUGAUGCUCUCUUUACUGUUAUGGAGUCUAUUUGUCGUCUAGUGGACACUAUUCCUGAGCAUGAGCUCAUAGCACUGACCUGUGGCACAGACCUAUUACUGCAGAGAGCGCACAGGAAAAGGAUUCUAGCUAUUGGUGCUGCAUCUAGAACAUCUCAGUUAGACCCAGCAGCAACUCCAUAUUCUAGUCUGCUAAAAAGACAAGCUUUUGGAGUCACACCCUCUAGUCUAACAUCAUCUAUGACCCCAGGGACAUCAGAAAGGGGAGAGGGUGUCAAAACAGGCUUUCAGUUUCGCAAGUCCAUUGCCUCUGUCAUAUCUUUGGAAAAUAACAGUGUUUUUGAGGACUCUGACUGCAUCAUCAGUGGAGUUGAAACCCCUGGUGGUUCCUGGAAUCCUAACAGCUCAGCAAAAACAACAACCAUCUUAAACCGGUCAAGUCUACCUCCAAGCAAAUCUGAGUCAAAAACGGAUCAGUGCUACUCAAGGUUGUCCUUCAAUGAGUCAAACAUUCAGACUGUGGGUGGAGAUCAGGUUGACUUGUUUUAUUCCCCCAAAAGAGUAGAUUCAGGCAAGAGAAAUGCUGAGAGCAGUGUCGAAACCAACACGGCAGUUCCCAACUGUUCUCAAGCAGAUGACUUCUUAAUCGAUGACUUUGAUAUUGAUGAUUUUGAUGAGACUGAUAUUCCAGAUUAUUUUGAAGAACCUCCAAGUGUCUUGGCAUCAAGAGACAAUUCUGGUGCAAAAACACCAUUGGUGCGGGAGGGAGGGCACUCAAAAACUUUGGAGAUAAAGACCGUAACAUCACCAGUGCCAAAACCUACCAAAACAUCCAACCCUGAACCCGUGUAUAGAAACCCAGCUCAUGACCGCUUUAGAGGCUUCAGCUUUCCUCACAGCCCAGAGAUGAUGAAGAUCUUCCAUAAGAAGUUUGGACUGCAUCAGUUUCGCUUCAAUCAGCUGGAGGCUAUUAAUGCCGCACUGUUAGGGGAAGACACAUUUGUACUGAUGCCUACAGGUGGUGGUAAAAGUCUCUGCUAUCAGCUUCCUGCUUGUAUCUCUGCUGGAGUUACUGUUGUCAUUUCUCCUCUACGGUCUCUCAUAGUCGACCAGGUCCAAAAGCUCACCACAUUAGACAUCUGUGCAACUAGUUUAUCAGGGGACAAAACAGAUAGUGAGGCUGCAAAGAUCUAUAUGCAUCUGUCUAGGAAGGAUCCCCCCAUCAAACUGCUUUAUGCCACUCCUGAGAAGGUGUGUGCUAGCGGAAGGAUGGUCAGUGCCCUUCAGAAUCUGUAUGAAAGGGGACUGCUGGCUCGCUUUGUUAUUGAUGAGGCCCAUUGCGUCAGUCAGUGGGGUCAUGACUUCAGGCCCGACUACAAGCGCUUACAUGAGCUCAGGCGGAUGUUUCCCAAUGUUCCUAUAAUGGCACUGACUGCCACAGCCACUCCUAGAGUUCAGAAAGACAUUCUAAACCAGCUGGCAAUGACUCGUCCUCAGGUAUUCACUAUGAGCUUCAACAGGAACAAUCUCAAAUAUUCGGUUUUGCCAAAAAAGCCCAAGAAGGUUGAUGAGGAAUGCAUUCAGUGGAUCAAGAAAUAUUACCCACGUGACUCAGGGAUUGUGUACUGCUUGUCUCGUAAUGACUGCGACACUCUGGCUGACAGUCUUCAGAGGGCUGGGAUUGCAGCGCUGGCUUAUCACGCUGGCCUGAAGGACAGCGACAGGGAAUAUGUCCAGAAUAAAUGGAUCAACCAGGAUGGCUGCCAGGUUAUGUGCGCCACCAUUGCAUUUGGCAUGGGGAUCGAUAAGCCUGAUGUGCGUUAUGUGAUCCAUGCCAGUUUGCCCAAGUCAGUGGAGGGUUAUUACCAGGAGUCAGGCAGAGCUGGUCGAGAUGGAGAGAUUUCCCACUGCGUUCUCUUCUAUGCCUACAGUGAUGUUAUCCGCAUCAAGAGACUCAUCGCUAUGGAUAAAGAUGGCAACCAGCAAUCCAAAGCCACCCACAUCAACAACCUGCACAGCAUGGUGCAUUUCUGUGAGAAUGUGGCCGAGUGCAGGAGGAUCCAGUUGCUGGCUUACUUUGGCGAGCACACAUUUAACACCAGCUUCUGUAAAGAGCAUCCUGAGGUCAUCUGUGACAACUGUGCCAGACCACACAAAUAUAAAUCAAGAAAUGUCACCGAUGAUGUGAAGAAGAUUGUGAGGUUUGUGCAGGAGAACUGUGAGAAGGUUGGAAACCGAUACGGCAAAUCCGCCCAGCAGAACAGACUCACUCUUAACAUGCUGGUCGACAUAUUUCUGGGCUCCAAAAGUGCUCGGAUCCAGUCCGGAAUGUUUGGGGUAGGAGCAGCGUAUUCCAAACACAAUGCAGAGAGGCUUUUUAAGAAACUGGUGCUGGAUAGUGUACUGAUGGAGGACCUCUACAUCACUAACAAUGGGCAGGCAGUGGCCUAUAUCUCUGCUGGGCCUAAAGCCAUGAGUGUACUGAGUGGCUGCAUGCAGGUUGAGUUUGUUGAGACAGAGAGUGCAUCCAGCAUCCGAAAGCACAAAGCGUCUGUGAUUGAGAAUGUUUCUAAGAGAGAAGAGAUGGUUAAAAAGUGUCUGCAGGAACUCAAUGAUCUGUGCAAGAAGUUGGGCAAAGUCUUCGGCAUUCAUUACUACAAUAUUUUCUCCACAGCCACACUCAAAAAGAUUGCUGAAACUCUCUCGCCUGAUCCGGAGGUUCUGCUGCAGAUUGAUGGUGUAACCGAAGACAAGCUGGAGAAGUAUGGAGCUGAGUUUAUUGAACUUCUGCAGAAGUACUCUGAGUGGCAGCUGCCUGCUGAGGCACAGACAGAGAGUUGGAUUGACACAACAAGAGGCCAUCAAAACGAGGAGGAGGAUGAUGAUGAAGGGGACACCACAUCAACCUAUUUCAGAAGCACCUCUGGACGAGGAGCAAAGAGAAAACAAGGAUCUUACUCCAGAAAACCCAAAAGAAGAAAGGGUACCAGUGGCCAAAACUCCUCUUCUAAAGGUGGAUACAGCAACAACUGGUCUUCUUCAAGAGGAGGAGGAGGAAGAGGAGGAGGAUACAGAGGUGGUAGUCGAAGUGCAGGCAGAGGUUCCAGGCCUGCUCCAUCAGUCUCAGCAGGGAAGAGACCUGGCUUCAUGGCUUUACCCACACCACAGACUGCUGCUCGUCCAUUCCUCAAACCAGCAUUCUCUCACCUCUAGAAUCAGAAUAUUUCUACUGGUAACAGAAAUUAAUUUGACUGUGGAUAUUUGUAUAGAACUUUUAUACACUAAUUUUUUAAUAAAUACAUUUUGUGUUGUGUA